UUGAGGGGUCGUGGCAUGGCUGACAUUUCCAGGACUCCCGACUUGAAUGUCCACGCUGACGCAUUCUGCUGUUUAGUUGAGGAAAACAUUUUCUUUCAACUUCUCAGGGAGGCCGCUAGGGAGUGUCGUCGUAAGAAGAAGGAGUACGUGCGCUGUCUUGAGCGUCAGGUGACCAUUCUGCAGAACCAAAAUCACCAGCUCAUUGAAGAGUUGCAGAAGAUGAAAGCACUGUGCGCGGGGAGUACACACGUAUAUUCAGCUAGCUCUCGCUAUCGCGAGAUUCGUACGGCCCGUUCGUGGACCGCCGUGCUCCAACCACUCCCCCCAUGUCCGCGCCAAUUUUAUAUCGUACAGCCACACCGACCUCUAAUAAUGCUAUUAUCGUGUGUAACCCCAUCGUUCCUACUUUCAAAGUGCCAUAAGGUAAAUUACCUCUCCUGUCUUUUUUUUCUACUAAAUUCGUUGCAUCCCAUUGCCGUGAUUACGCAUCAGAUGCGAGUUACUUCGUGGUAUCACGUGCGACCGAUGGAAGGCUGUUGA